AUGAUUUGUAAUCACGGUGUUAAUAGUCUCAUAUUUGAGAAGUUUCCAUGUUCGGAGUCUGCACCUGAUACACCUCGAAGUCUUAACUGCAUUUUUUGUAUGACAUCUGUCGUUUUCGACCAAUCAUUGGAGCAUAAUAUCCGCCAGCAAUAUGCAAACAAGUUUUUAAACUUCAUUGAGGUCUCCAAUCUUCGCUGUAAAACUAUGAUCUGCAGUGAAAAGUUACUCGAUAAAUCUAUAAAUGCUAUUUUAAGGGCGAAUUAUACAGAACGUCUUGAGAAUGAUCAAUGCAGUUUUACAGUUCUGCAGUGUUUGCUUCUUCUAGCUAGUCCGAAACUGAAGCUGAAGUAUCUGAGUUACACAUACUAUCAAGUUAUUUCAAAUAUUGACAAAAGUCAGAACUAUAUUUAUAACCUUAAGCUGUUUUGCGGUUUAUUGGAAAAUCUCGAGGCUGAAAAUCCUGUUCUUCCAGACGCAAUCAUAAAUGAUAUUUUCGUAUUAAUUACUACCAUAUCUUCUUACCUGGACUCAUCUUCAAUCUGUUACUUGAAUUGUCUUCUUAAACAUCUGCCAAGGAAGUGUUUUGAUUCAGUAAGGAUGAGUUUCCAGAAAGUUGUGGAGUUAAUCCUAAGGAACAAGAGCAGGGACGUUGUGAAAACCGGGCUAGAUUGUUUGUUCAGAUUGUCUCUCUGCAAUCGAAGCUUCGUUGAUAUUUGCAAAUAUAAAGAGCUCCCGGUGGUUUUACGUGCUCUUUUAAAUUCUAACGAUGAUCAAAUUAAAGAAAUUACAUUUAUAUUCAUUGAACUCCUGGUAAAUAAGUUUAAUGAUGAUGCGAUUAAGUUGAUUUGUACGUCUGGUGUCAUUGAACUCCUGUUCGAUAAUAUUUCUUUUAAAAACCCUUGUUUCAGAAACGUUUUAAAAUGCUUACAAAUAAUAGGUACAGAAGUAGAACUUAUGUCUUCAAGUUUUGUGCCACAUGGAAUUAGCCAGAUUGUAAAAGCCAUGGAUUUGAACCAUGACUACGAAAAUGAACUUUUGCCAAGGCUUGUGGAGAUUACAAAUAAUUUCAUAAUGUACUAUAAUGGCCCACUAGACCUUUUUAUAUGCUCAUCAAUUUUAGGACAAUUUCUGGUGGCCAUUUCAGAUAUAAUGGAAGACUGCACAGUACAUUUAGGAAUAGUAGGAAUAACCUGUGUGGCUAAUAUCUUCAAAUAUGAAAGAGAUACAGAAAUUAUGCCAAUUAAGGAACUCGAAAGAUUUCUAAAUUUUGUCGAACAUUUUGCACGAAAACAAAUUUAUAAUUUUGGACACCUUAAACAAUCGAAUAACGCAUGUGUAAUUUCAAAGUCAGACAUGAAAAUAGAAGAAAAGUCCUUAUGUAUUUUACUACCAACCUUGCUGAGUUUGUUACAGGAAAUGCACACCUUCUUGUAUCUGAAUAAAAGGAUCCCAAUAAAAAUUCCUGAAAUCAUUAUGAAAAUUGAAUAUUCUCUCACGUAUAUAUUUUUUUCUGUAGUGAUGAAUCUAGUUUCUCAAUUACUGUCUAAAAAUGUUACUGUGGAGAAUUUGAAAUCUGUGCUAAAGAUAACAACAAUGUAUGCUUACGGUAUAUGCUCAGACAUUUCAGCGAAGGAGAUUACCAAUAUUUGUGGCGGGGUAUUUGAGCAGUUUCAGACCUUUAAAAACUGUAUUUCAAACACUCUGAAAGACAAAAUUCGCGAAAGUUUCACAUUGCUUCUUCCACUGUUUUACAAGAUUUGCUUUUUGAUUAGUAAUGAGAACAUCAAAACAGCUUUGUAUUCACCUGACUUUUAUACAUUUGACGAUAAAAAGCGGGAUGUCAGUGUCAGUUUUUGUUUCAAUUCUUUCUCGAGAGAAAUUUUGCUAACUGUGAUGACAAUCAACGCCAGUAUAUUUAACAAUCUUAGUAUUCCGUAUCUAUCAGAAGGCAAACAUUUAGCUGACGUUCUAAAUAAAGACGAGUUUAAAACUUGGAUUUCUACUUUAAUUCGUGGAUUUAAAUAUUUUACGAGUGUGAAUUUGGAGUGCCUUGAAAAAUACAUGGAGUUAAGUAUACGAGGACAAGAAUUUAUUGAUAUUUCUGCCUCAGCAAUAUCCAUUAUAUGCGUCCUAAUCAAUCGUAAUAUCAAACAUAUUAAAACAUUUCAGAAGUUCCCCUUGGUUGAUGAUAGAAAUCAUGAGGCAUUUAGGAAUUAUGUUAUUUUCCCAAACAAAACUUUAAAGCGAAUAAUUCAGUUUCCCACUAAGGCAGGAAAUUUCUCAUCACAUAUACGUGUUUGCCGAAAUUCUGGAAUUUUUUCAAUAAUUCCGUUAUCACCGAUGAGUAUAAUAAAGAUAUUACAGUGCCACAGUGAUGAACUAUUGAUUGAGGAACAAGUAUUUUCACUACUUCCCACAACUUACAUCUUAUUAUCCAAUACUUGGACAGUAUGGUACAACAAUUUGAUGAAAUUCGACAAUGCGGAUGUCCUUCAGCGUUUAGUUCUAACUUUCGAAAUACAAACACUCAGCUUAAAGGAAAAGGAUGGAUCGGUAGAAACUAGUCAUUCUUCUGUUCAGAGAAAACAGUUGGCACUUUAUAUUUGUGAUUGUCUCUCAGUACUGCCAAAUAAUCUUCCGGGAUCGUUUUUAGACGUCUUCACUUCUAACUAUGAGCUGAAAUAUGCGUAUGUGAAAAUGUUAAAAACAACCUGCUUGUUUCUGCACGAAGUCUUCCUUCAUUCUCAGUUUGUUGUCAUGGUAGCACAACAAAUUAUUAGACUUUUAGCGAAUGAACGAUUCGAUCCUAAUUCUUCACUUCGAAAUGAUCUUCUCGAAAUCAUAUUACACCUUUUGAUGAAUUCUGACAGCAAUUCACAAGUGCAAAUUGUAAAACUGCUAUGUUCAGAAAUUCAAACCUGGAAAAGUUGUAUUUUCCGCUUUUCGAAGGAGACUUCCAAAUGUUCUGCAGCUAAUCGUUUGAAAAUACAUACUGAAGAGUUUCAAAUCACAGCUGAGGAAUUGGACUCCAUUCUAGGGAUUGGCGCCUCAAUAAAUAUUUGUACAAAACAUUUACCAGUCAAUCAUGAGAUUGUUGACUCUGUUAGUAACUUACUGUUUAUGAAUCCAGAAACAAUUUUAGAAAUUUUGAGUCACAAUCCAGUAACAAAUGGAUCUCCUUUCAUUCAGACCAGUGCACUGGUUUGUUUAUUGGAAUCAUUUUACGGACCACUGUCUCAUCUUUUAUGGCCGGAUAUAUCUGAAAACUCGAACGAGAACUAUUACUGUGAACUUUUCAUGUGCUUGAAUACUAAAAUCAUGGACAUAACCCACAGAUUUAUUCAAGAAUUGUCAAUCGAAGUGUAUGGUUGUCUGAUUAAAUAUAUCUGUUUAACUACCAAAAAACAAUCAUUUAUCAAUAUGUUCUUGUUGACUAGUCCAUGGAGUAAUAUUAUUCUUGAACACUUACAAAUAGAUGGUUCAGUAAAUAAUAUUGAAAACUUCUCAUCAUCUUUCCUUGCUUUUGCCAACGUGCUACUAUCCACGAAAUGUCCUGCAAUUUGUUCAGUUAUCAAUAAAAAUCGGUUGAGGGAAUUAUUACUAGCUUAUAUACAUGAUAAGGAUUUGUAUGACUCAAUUACCAAGACCUAUUUAGGAAGUAUAUUUCUAAAGUUUGCCUCCCCAGACUUUGAAGUUCUAGAUUUCAGGGAGCGGUUAUGCUUAGAAGUUAUGAUUGCAUCAGACAAUUUGCAACCUACUCUCAGUAUUUCAAAUCGCUUUAAUUUGUUUUAUAAAGAAAUAUUUUGUUUAUAA